CUCUCUCUCCCCUUGUCUCCUACCCUCCCUCUUUCUCUAAUUGGCUUGCAUUCCUAUUUCCUCUCUCAAGCGUCAGAGUACUCAAUUUUUCCCAGGCUCCCCAGUCUGGGACACAAAAGUCUCUCUCUACUGUUUUUGUUUCACUCUGCUCAGAAACUGUCACUUCUGUGAACUUCUGAAGAAUUAAUGACUCAAAGAAAUGCCACCUCUCCAGUCCUGGACGCUCCCCCUCCUUCUUGUUUUGCUGACACACUAUUCAAAUCCGCUUGAGGAUAAUAAGAUUCACAGUCUGUGUAUGGGCAGCCCAGGUACCCCAGGUUCUCCAGGGUUGCAUGGCAGGCCAGGACAACCAGGUAGAGAUGGCAGAGAUGGGCGGGAUGCACCGCUGGGGGAGAAAGGGCAAAGGGGAGAUCGUGGAGAGCCUGGUGAACCAGGCAUGAGGGGCCUGACCGGGGACGGAGGUGAUCCAGGAGAGAAAGGCGAGAAGGGAACUCCAGGAGAGUGUGCUGUAGCUCCUAAGUCAGCAUUCAGUGCCAAGUUGUCUGAAUCCCAAACCAUGCCAUUAGCAGCAGGGGAUGCAGUGCGCUUUGACAAAAUCAUCUUGAAUGAGCAGGGCGAUUACAACACAGAGACUGGACGCUUCACAUGCAGAGUGCCAGGUGUUUACUAUUUUGCCGUCCAUGCCACCGUGUACCGCUCCAGCCUACAGUUUGACCUGAUGAAGAAUGGACAUGCCAUGGGCUCCUAUUUCCAGAUGUUUGGCAACUGGUCCAAGCCAGCCUCAUUGUCCGGAGGCACUCUGCUGCACCUGAUUCCUGGUGAUCAGGUGUGGGUGCAGAUGGCUCUGGGCGAGUAUACAGGCUUUUACUCUAGCCCGAAGACAGACAGCACCUUCAUUGGCUUCCUGGUGUACUCUGAUUGGAAAAACUCUGCUGUGUUUGCUUAAAUAUAAGGUACAUACUACUUUUGACUUUUACCUAAAAAUGCCUAUACUCAAAGCACUACAAAGAUUUUUUUUUUUGAAACAUUUGUAUUUAUUCUUUGGAAGCAAAUAAGUGCUGGAAGAUUUAUUUUCCAUGAUGUGAUACAAACUACAGUAGUAUCUUGAAGGUUGUGAGGGAAUCUGAAAAGUAAAACAGAUGUACACACUUGCUAACAAAAAGGAACCACUUUCGCAGUUUUAUUCUUGUGCAUUGUAUUGCAACAGUUAUAAACAAAGGCCAGUGAUGAUCACUGUUUGAUUUUUUUAUUUUAACUAUUCGCUCAGCCUCAGUGGACAUUAUGUAAUUGUCCAUAAAUAAAGUGUUAAAUAAAAGACCAGUAGCUUUUGCAUAUAAUAUUUCUGUCAGUGAAAGCAUAAAAUUGCACAACUAUAUAAACUGAUGCAAAAAUAUCAUUAGUUUGGUUUUAAUAUAGAUUCAUUUAUUCUGCUACCAAUUAUAAAAGCAAUAUCAGAGCACCUUUGAAUUAUUACUUCAAUAAAGUUAAUCUGUGAGAUUGAAUGCAUUCUCUUUAAUUUAGUUUUAGUUUUAUAAAUUGCUUGUUGAACUCUAUAGUCAUUUAAAGGAACCGAGUGCCUCUUUAAAGCGAGCCGCGUGUUGCUUUGGUUGUAAGCCCAGACUGGGAAUGGAUACACAUUCAUGCAUAGUCACAGAUGUUCCUCAGUUUAAUGACUUCGCCAUAGGCCAUUAUUAAAACCCAUUUACAGGCAAGGCUGUAACAUUACUGCUUUACACUCCAUAACCUGUAUGCCCGUCGUCCAACCCCACAAAGCCACACACACACACCAACACACACCAUCCCCUUCCUUCUCUGUUUGAACUACUGGCAUGGGCAAGUAUGGAACAUUUUUUUUUUUUAAAUACUUUUUUUUCUAGAGAGAUGUAAGAAAUGACGAGUUCAUUUCCAUGAGGUCAAGGCCCAUGAAUGCUCUAACCCCUUGAGAUUAUGGCUCAUCAAUUAUAGCAGACAUUACAUGUUUAAACAGUCUGACAAUGUCUGACAUCAGACUCUUAACUCCCAUAUACUCAUCACGAAUAAUUCUUGGAUCUGUCCGACGUUGAUUCUCAGUCAUGACGCUGUGGGUGAGCUCACUGCUAGAGAAUCAGAUUAAUGAGGGUAUGAGGUUACAGUAUGUCUCGGUUUUGUAUAAAAAUAUUUUCUUAUGAAAAUGUUAUUGUUAAUAUUACUUGCAUUAAAGAUCUGUACUUGUG